GCUGUUGUACUGGGGGAAAGUUAAACUUCUUUUAUUUCCAGAUCUUCCUGAGCUGUUAUAGUAUUUAUUCAUCAGUGAUAGUAGAGAAAGUACUCAUUUCUGGCAAAGAAUUUGAAGCUAUAAUAAUGUACUUUCUCUUACAUCACUGGAAACUACUGAGACCCCCUAUUGACAAAAUAAUGGCAGUGUAUAUUCUUUCCAUAUCAAGAGAGUACUAUGCCACAAUGAUGGAUCAUUACUGCCAGAAGAUGGGGAGAGGUCCAAGUUUGCACAAAUAUAUGUAAAUGAUUCAUGAGACCUGGAUACCCAAGUUUCCCACUUAAUGAAUGUUUUUC